UCUCACAUUCUCAGUCCAGCUGAUUGUCAGUUCUGCGAAGUUUGAAAAUAUCAAUAGUGUUUAUAAUUUCCUAUAAUUUUCAUCUUAAAUAUUUAACGCUGAUUUAACGUUAUACCAAAUUACAGUAUACUUAAUAUCUAGACGUUUUAUUACUUGUUCAAUUGUAAUGGUUUUAACUAAAGAAUAUAGAAUAUGCAUGCCAAUAUCUGUGGAAGAGUAUCGUGUUGGGCAACUUUAUAUGAUAGCUAGACAUAGUUUGGAGCAAUCUGGCGAUGGAGAGGGUGUAGAAGUGGUAGAGAAUAAGGAAAUAGAAGAUUCUGAACAUGGGAAGGGCCAGUAUACAGAAAAACGCAUUCAUUUAUCCAAUCGUUUGCCUUACUGGAUCCAAUCUAUUAUUCCAAAAAUAUUUUAUGUCACUGAAAAAGCCUGGAAUUACUAUCCCUUUACUAUCACCGAUUAUACAUGUUCUUUUAUACCAAGAUUUCAUAUAUCCAUUCAGUCAAAAUAUGAAAAUAAUAAUGGAUCAACUGAUAAUUGUUUGAAUUUAACACCUGAACAGUUAGCUGAAAGAAUUGUAGAUAAUCUUGAUAUUGCAUAUGAUGAAGUAUCAGCCAAACAUUAUAAAGAAGAGGAGGACUUGAAAUUUUUUCAAUCUACAAAAACUAACAGGGGACCUCUGGUUGAUGGAUGGAGAACCAAUUACCAGCCAAUCAUGUGUAGCUAUAAAUUAGUCAAUGCAUAUUUUGAAGUAUUCGGUUUGCAGACAAAAGUUGAAGAUUAUAUUCAGUCGUGUAUCAGAGAGGUUCUACUUUUAGGACAUCGACAGGCCUUUGCGUGGAUUGACGAAUGGAUUGACAUGACUCUCGAAGAUGUAAGAAAUUACGAGUCCAAACUUCAGCAACAGACCAACUCGCUGCUCCAGCAAUCGAGUCCUGCAAACGCUUCUGCUGCCAAGGAAGAAGUAGUACCAGAACAAGCAGUUGAAGCAGGUUUGAGCGUGCCGUCUUCCCCUAGGACACCAAAAAGUCCAGCCAAGCGAGGAUAUUUUAGUUGGUUUUAACCAAAGAUAUAUUUUAGACUAAUUUAACUAGCAUUUUUGUAUUGUAUUGGAAUAAUAAAAGUCCUGCAAAUAAUA